AUGCACCCUACCGUAUGUAUUUUGGGUUGCUGCUGCACAAAGCCUACAACCCCGACAGCAACAACAACGCCAGUUGACGUGAACGCUUUCGGUUACUGCUAUAAUGGCGAACGUUCCCAAAUGAGAUGCUCUUCAACAUCUGUAUGUUCUAGCGGUCAAACCUGUAUUAAUGGACUCUGUUGUAAAACAACCGGCGAAGAAUGGCAAAAUGCAUGCGCAGGAUUGGCCGCGCUUGCCAGUUGUACGAAUGGUACGUGCGGUGAAUUCAUUUGUACAACAUCGAACUAUUGUUGUGAAUGUCAGUUUGGACGCACUAGCGGUUUAUGCUCUAAAGGAUGCGGGCCUGGAUUCACAUGUUCACCAAACAACUACUGCUGUCCUUCAUGUCCCAGUGUCGAUGCUAACAAAGUCCAUUGGAGUAUAGUGCUGGCCGGUGCUAUCUGUAUUCUUCUCGCUGUGUAUGCCGGUAGUAAGGAUCAACUACUACCACUCGAUAAUUACGGAACCCAGAAAGGAUGGUUUUUGCGACAACGUUCGAAAUUCACUAAUUCAACGCUAUUCCUCUCUGAGGUUACCGAAGCCCAGAAAAAGACUCACCCACUCCAUAAACUGCACAAGAAAAAACUAAUCAGAUAUGAUUUUGGGACAUCGUUUGCGAAUCAUUGCAAGCUCAAAGUUAAACCAAACGGCUCGCUGCCCUCCCUGGCCAGAGUGCUUGAGAUGAAGAUUGCUUCGCAGGUCCUACUUCGGUUGGCGGUGCUGCUCGGGUUCAAUAUCAAGUUCGUUUUGUGUAUGAUACGUAAUCAAAGCAUCCUGAUACUUUCUGGACGUCGAUUUUUAUGUCGCCUUCAACCUGUAAUAGAACUCUUGUCUUCCGUUGUUCUUGUGUUAAUGACGUGCCUACAUCAGGAACAGGACCAGUCAGUGAAAUGGUUAAUGCCGUACAACUUCCCCAUGUUUUCUUGUCUUUUCAUUCUUGGCGGUAUUAUGUAUUUAAAUCUGGACGUUAUUGACCUAUCGAAGAAGCUCAACGCUGCUCCGAUCAUUCAAGAAGUGGAGUCAGGCUGGGCAGAUGCAGAGUUUGAAAUAUGA